AGCGAAAUUUUAACAAUAAGAAAUUUAUACGUUGACAAAAGAAUUGUUGGACAAAAAGUUGUAAUAUUGAUUUUCUCAUAUACAUUCUCUAAAUAUGUAUACAUAUUUUCAUAUUGCAUACUUUAGUGUAAAAGAACUAAACGUUGUACACACAAUAAAACCAUUGUUAACUUAACCGGCUUAGCGACAGUAGAUCGUAGGGAAAUAAUAUAUAAAAGAGUUCCGCAUAUAUAGGUACAAUUUUUCAGGUGCAAAAGUAUAUCAAUGAUUUUUUAGCAGUAUGUGUGUAUUCGGUCAAGUUUACUCAAGUUUCUGCUUAUCUUCAAAAAUGUUUUUAAGUAAUUCUAUGAGCAAGAAUAAUAGAAUAUGUGGACAGAUAAUUAUGGCGUCUUCUGCGGAUGUUGCUACGGCGCGGAUGCGAGCAUAUUUAAAUUUACCAUUGUUAGAACGUUGUAAAGAAUUGGCAGUGUUUAUAGUUGAAUCUAGCACAACAGAAUUGCAGCAUGUUUUUCCUAUUCUUAUUGAUUCAAUUUUUGGCAUAACAAAUAAUCUAGGAUGGGGAUUACAUAAUAUAACUUCAAGAAAACAUCCUUAUGAAUAUGAAACUCUCUGCAAUUUUUUCGGUCCUCAAGGACCUAUUUUUUCCUUGUGCUACAAACUUUUACCAGAUUGUUAUUUAAAAUACAACUUUCCGAUUUCAUAUCUUCCCACAAAAAUAAAGUUACUUGUCGAGGAAGGAAUAAUUCCACCUUUUUAUCAAGACAAGCUGAAAGACAAUCCAACGACAAGAUGUCCUACUGCUUUAUUAUUAAAUCCUUUUGAGUACUACAUCUUCCACUUUGCCUUCCACUUAACAAAUCCAUGGCUGCAACUCAACCAGAGUGAAGAUGUUUGGAUGAAUUGGGAAACAGUUUACGUUCAGCUAGCUCACUUGUAUUUAUAUCAUUUCCUACCUCAAGACGAUUCUCCAGUACUGCCCAUAAUUGGGCCAUAUGUAAGAACGACUCCUCCUCGAAAAUUAAUGCAGUCGCCCGAUUUAAAAAGACUGCAAACUCCUCGACUUCUGAGAACUUCUAUCUUAUCUCCAGUCUCAUCUCCACCUUCAGGAGUUCCUCAGCAACAAUGCUUACCGCAAGUUUGGCGGAGCGAAACUGUUGUUCAAGUAUUUUUAGACUUCUGGCUGGAAUAUACAGAAGAAGACAAGCUGAUUUCUCAAUUAAGUCCUUCUUUAUCCUCAUCUUUACCUCGAAGAAACAGCAUUCAUUCUGGAGAGCACAUUCGUUUGGUUCGUGCGUUUAUAAAAACAUUGCACGGAUUUUCAAAUAGUAUAACAGGCAGCAAAAGUGCAAUGGAUGAAUUAAAAAGAAUAAUAGUACCCUCGAUACAAGGAAAAAUUUAUAUAUUUUUAAGACAAGCUAUUUUUCACUGGCCACUAGAUAGUUCCUUCAGACUUAUUCUAGAAGCUUGGCUCAGCUUCAUCCAACCUUGGAGGUAUAUUCCAGAGUUCAGAAUUACAAAGAGUACAACUGCUGAAGAAGACAGAGGGAAAAUUUCUGAUCCGUCUUAUUGGAUGCCGUUUGUUGCCAAUAAUUUACUAGCUUAUACUGGUAUUUUUCAGCAGCUACUACCGAGAUUUAUGCGCACUGAUUUGGUAGCACCGAAAAAUGCCUUGAUGCUCUUUAGAGUUACCAAAGUAUUUUCUCAGCCACAUCUUGCGUUUAUGUUAGCUGAAGCUGAAGGUUGUAUUAAUGAUUCAAAUAUUAGUCGAGGUAAAUUAUCUUCAAGUCAAUGGAAUAAUAUUAUUAGGCAACAAAUUGUUGAACUGGAAGGCCCUUCUUAUCAAUAUAUUCCUAUGUUCUCCGCGGCGUCAUCAGCUCAGAUUACAAAACUUUUGAGUACAAUCAAACAAGCUUAUUUAACAGCAAUCAGUAUAAUUGAAGCUUUAGAAAAAAGACGGAGAGAACGGAAAUUUUUUAAAUCUUUAUGGGAAUUUUUCAACGGUGAUGAAUGUACUGAUGAUGAUAUCGGUUUAAUUGAAAGAAAACGAGUACCAGGAUUAUUAUCUAACGCACAACAACAAUUAAUAGAUAUAUUUGAAUUAGGUGACAUACCCGAAGCUUGCAUCGCAGCUGACAAGGAAUAUCAUGAUAGUAUUUUAUUUACGUCUUUCUGUCAUCAAUCACACAUGAAUUCCAGUUCAGAUUGUAAUCGACCAGGUGAGUUUGUACUGGUUCGAAAUGCACAUCAAAAUUGCAAAUGUAUGGAGUACAUGGGAGAUCCAGAAUUAAAACCUGUACAAUCUAACGAAUCUGCAUUUCUUGUACGCUUAUUGUAUAAUUUUUGUCAAUUUAUUAACAACAAGUACGAAGCAAAGAUAAUAUCAAUGUACAAUAGGAAUGAUUUUAUUGGACGAAUCGCAAGAAAAAUUCUUCAACCACCAACAACAGUCAUCCAAUUACCAAAACGCACGUCAACAGGAUUUUUAUCAAGAGAAGAACAUCGUCUUCCACCAAGACUAUCUUUAAGAUUCAUCGCCAGACAUGAUUUCAGUGUACUGAUGAUUUUCGGUGCCUUCAUAUUUUGUCUCAUGGGCUUCAGUGUGCCUUUUUUUGUAUGCUUUUCAUGGUUUUUGUGGGUAGUUUAUAUACUGAUCGGAGCAGCUUGUGAGCCUUGGGUUUCUAGAUUUCAUAAUGAUAGACUGAGGAGACCCAGCUCGUCAACUUUUACAACAAACUAAUUGUAAUUUUUUAUAAUACUAGGCAACUGUUGAACUAUAGCUUGAUUUGAUCAACUAUUUUGUAUUUUUUUAUUAUUGCAUAUAAAGAUACAAAUUUUGAAGUCA